GCGCAUGAAGCAGUAGCAGCAGCAGCAGUAGGUAGGUGUGAUGGCAGAAGCACCAGCCGCUGGCGCGCCUUCAACGUCUGCGGCAAGGACGCCAACGAUGGCACGUCAAGGGAUUCAGAGUGCAAGGCAAGAAGUUGCGGUGAUUCUGCAGCAAGCGCAGCUCGACAUCGACACAGCCUUUUUGCAGGCUCAGCUACUGGUCCCUGCUGAGCUUCCUCCCAAGACUCCAGCCGCAGUAGAGGGACCGCGCCGGCUUGUGGUCAGCGAUGGCCGCAAUUUGACGUUUGAAGAGACUGUUGAGUCACACGAUCAGCUGGACCAAGCUCUGAGACAGCUCGACAAGGAGCACCGAGACCUUCAGGCGAAGUACAAGGCCGAAAAAGACGACUGGAACAAGUUUAGAGCCUGGUGGCAUUCCGUCGUGGCCAAAAAGAGAGCGUCUCAAGGUGGCACAGAGACGGGCGAGAGGCAGCAGGCGGAAGGCGGGCCCAGCGAAGGACCUGUUCUUACAAAAGCAAAGAAGAGAAAGCUCUCGCAAGAGGAGCAAGAUCUUUUUAACCGCUUGGAUAUGGAGUGCGAUGUGACCCAGACAUCGACAAAGGCGCAGAGCCCAGUCGCUGUUCGUCGCGCCUCAGACAUCAAAAGGGAUAGUAAAGAGAAGGAGAAAGAAGAAAAGGUGGACGAUAAGGCGUCCUUAAGUGCCUCUCGAAGUAGCGAUGAGGAACAAGAUCGCAACAAUCCAAACGAACUCCACGGCCAAGCCCUAAAGGAGACUGCACGGUCGAACUCGCAGGACCAGAAGUCGUCAGCUUCAGACGAGAGGGAGACUACAGCAGUGGUGCGCCAGCUCAGCUCAGCGCAGCACGGGUACUACAAAGUGGACCGACUUCGGCGGAUGGAAGAGCUCAAGAAAGAUCCACUGAAGUACAAGGGCCGUGGAAGAUACUCCAACGGCACCAAAGAGCACGGGGAGGAGGGGAAUCACACAAGGUCUAUCAACGACGAGUACGAGAUUGAUCCGGAGAAGAAUGGCGGUGUCGACUUUCCGCACAAGGCGGUGGUACGUGACAAGGCGCAGCGCAAGGGGAUGCACGCCUUCGACUGCGAAUGCUGUCGCGAUUACUAUGAAGCAGUCGGCCCACCACCCGAGACGACGGCUCUCGGGGACCCGGUCCACGAGACGAGCGAGCAGCGCGAGGCACGGAUGCAGGAGCACCGCCAGCAGCUGAGCAGGCACCGAGCCUACGGACCUCCGGAGCUUACUCCUCCUGGCUACUGGGACAUUGGGUUCCCCACGACGCAGAAGCAGAAACAGCUGAAUCAGCUCGCCGAAGAGGAGCACGAGCGCAAGCGACGGCAGAUGGCUACAGAUCCGCGAUACAGGAAGCGACAACAACCCUGAACAACGAACGCAUAUAGCACCAGUGUACAGUACAUUGUAUUCUCUCACUUGUUUUUGUAACAUCAGGGCGGCACAGAAAGCACUUCAACGCAGC